CUGAUUGCUGAGGGAAAGGAGCGAACCGCGGGGAUGCCGAAUAAGAAAGCCGCCAGGAACGCGUACUUCUUCUUCGCUCUGGAUAUGAUCCCGGAGCUGAGACGCCGCGGCCUGGAGGUGUCCGGGGUGCGGGAUGCCAUCCCACUGUGCUCGGAGUACUGGGCGUUAUUGUCCAGUGAGGAAAAAGAAAAAUAUGCAGACAAGGCCCGGGGAUUUAAGAACAAUCCACCUAAAGAAUCCCGUCCAAACAUAAAUUGUGUAAACCUGGGACAACAGGCUCCUGGAAAGACUGUGAUACUACUACCUGAAGAUUCUCAUCCUGAUAAAAAUAUGAACCACAAAGGUUUGGACCAAAGUGUGUUUUACUUCCUGAACAUCUUCAGUCAUGGAGAGAUGCCCAGUUUGUGUGAGCAGAGGUUUGUCCCUUGUGAGAUUGGCUGUGUACGUUAUUCUCUACGGGAUGGCAUAAUGGGCACUUUUCAUAACUUCAUUGAUCCUGGAGAACUUCCUCGGGGAUUUCGCUAUCACUGCCAAUUAGGAAGUUCAUCAACUCAUCAGAUACCGGUUUCAGGCUUUGAACUUGCAAAUGGUGACUACCAUAACCUAUUCCGUAACCUUUGUGAAUUUGUCUGUCCAGCCUUUGGCAUGGUGCCAACCGUAUACUGCAAGGCAAAUGAUGCAUACAGAGUUAAGUGGUGUCUACAGUGGCUGGCUACAAAAUCAAGAAUCGAUAACCGUUUUGAAAUAUUUGAUGUGGAAAAUUUAAUUGUAAAACUUUAUGGACAUAAGCUUGGAGAAGAGCCUUCAAGAGCUAGUGUUUCUCGUUCCCUUGAAGCAGUUUACUGGGAUUAUGCGAGUAACACAAGAUGCAAAUGGCAUGAAGAAAGUGAUAUGUGGUGCUGUGCUCUUGCAAGCUGCAAGAAAAUUGCCUACUGUAUGAGCAAAGCUUUGUUGUCUGUUUAUGGCAUUGCCAUUACACCUGCUCAUUUACCGAGCUUUGACAAUGGUCCUGGGAAUCCUAAGGUGGUGAUUCUAGAUACUGUACGCUUUCAAAAGCAGGCUAAUAGGGAUCACAUAAACUCCACUGAAAGAUCUGGACCCUCAGGUAAUCUACAUGAUAGGACUACUCUGGAACCUAGAGGACUGCAAACUUUCAAAUGCCCUGUGGGACGAGGACGAGGAAUUCUCAGGCUGUUGGACAGCAUCAAUGCUUUACAGAGUGACAACAACUAGAAAGCUGACAUUUAAGUCUAAAAUAACUACAAGUUAGAAAG